AUGUGGAGCGAGCAGAAGGGCCAUACGAAACAUCUGCUGUCUAUUCUCUUGUGCCUCACGCUCAUACACGGAGGGAGAGCCGCCUACAAGAGCACGGACCUGCUACGUGCACCACGCGUCCCCGUGCAGCUCUAUCAACACCUUCGAAGAGAGGAGCAGGCCCAGAUUGCAACGGCCCAGCUCUAUUCUACCGCUGGUGACCACUCGACAUUGCGCUUCUCCACCCCGGUUGCUCCAGAGUACCCGGCUUAUACGUUCGACCAACGCGUGUCGCACUUCGACGAUGUCCCCGCGCCGGUCGAGAAUGAGACAUUCAAGCAGCGCUAUUGGUUCAAUGCCGAGCACUGUAGGUCAUCGUAAAGGCUUGCGUAGCUUUUCAACUUUUCAAUUCCACUGCAGGCGCCUUCCCGGCCCAUUAACAACCCUUUUUCCUCCGAAACGGAUGUUAGAUAAACCUGGAGGUCCGGUCUUUUUGCUCGACGGUGGGGAAACCAAUGGCGAAGACCGCUUUCCCUUCUUGCGCCAGGGAGUCCUCGAGAUCCUGAGCAAGGCUCACAACGGUAUUGGGUGAGCUACGACUCCGUGAGAGCGGCAGGAUGGUGUGAUAUCGGUCAUUCUACUCACAGCAUUUUUAACUUUUCAGGAUCAUUCUCGAACAUCGCUACUAUGGAGAAUCCUUCCCCGUUGAAAACCUGACCACGGACUCGAUGCGUUUCUUAUCGACCGAAAUGUCAUUGCUCGAUUCAAAAUAUUUUGCACAAAACGUCAAGCUCCCCGGAGUUUAUCACUUCAACAACAGCCUCGCUCCCUGGAUCUACUGCGGUGGAUCGUACGCGGGAGCCAAGGCGGCGUUUGCGAGGAAACUCUACCCGGAUGUGUUUUGGGGCGCGAUUGCCUCGUCCGCGGUAAGUUCAGUGUCAUCCUCCUGCGCGAGUACUUGGUCUACGGCGAGAGUAGGAGAGGGAGGCUGAGCCCUGUGCUGUACUUGGGCUCUGGAAACAGGUGACCAAGGCCAUCGCCGAGUUCUCGGAGUACUACGAGCCGAUUCGCAAGUCCGCACCUCAGCAGUGCAUAAACCUCCUGAUCAACCACACGAACCUGAUCGACCAGCUUCUCGACCUCAAUAACUACGCCGUGACAUCUUCGCUCAAGUCUUUGUUCGGCCUACCCAACGUGACGAUGUCGGACGAUUUUGUCAACACUUUGGCCGCCGCCUUGGGAAGCUGGCAAGGACAGAACUGGGAUCCGGCUGUGGGGAGCCGAGAGUUCGACGAGUUCUGUGAUGCUCUCACGAAUGCCGAAGUCGAGGUUUCCUCGGAGGUUCGAGAUGCGCAUACCGGUCUAAAGGAUGGCAUCAAUCGUUUUGGCUGGAGCUGGCCGAGCCCGAAAGCUUUUGCCAAGUUGGCCAAGUACGCUCAGUACAUCCGCACCAAUGUCGCGAGCCUCUGUCCCGCCGAGAUGAGACAAGACGAGUGUUUUGGUCACGAGGGUGUGGACCUGACCGGGUUGGAGCAAUCCUCCUGGCGGUCGUGGACGUGGCAAUAUUGCACCGAGUUCGGAUACUUCAUCACCGUGAGUUCGCACCCGCGGAGGCCACUGUUGGAUUGCACUCCAUUCUGCGAUGUUUUCCAAGCUCACUCAUUCCUCCGUCCUCCUUCCCAGUCGUCACCCGAAGCGAGUGAACGCUUGGUAUCGCGCCGCAUCGAUGUCAAGUACACGAGAGCAAUCUGCCAAAAAGCUUUCCCUGACGGGACGGUGGUGCGGAUGCCGACCUGGCCGAAUGUCGAGAAGAUUAACAAAUGGGGCGGGUACAAGAUCCGUGCUCCGAGGUUGGCAUUCGUGGAUGGGUCGAGGGACCGUGAGUCCCGCUUUGUCUCAUCGAUUCCCUAAAGCGAACUGGCUGACCUCCGUCUUGGCAUGUGCGAACCUUUUCCAGCGUGGCUGUAUGCCACACCUCAUUCUCCCCAUGCAAAAGAUCGCAAAGACUCACUAGAAGAGCCUUUCAAGAUGAUUGAAGGCGGGGUCAGUCCUCAAGUCUCACGCUCCCAGGAUUGCGUAAUUUGCGUCGGCAGAACAGCGACCUGCACUGACUCUUAGGCGUGUCGGUUUCCACCGGCAGGUUCAUCAUUGGGAUCAGAAUGGAAGACCGAGAAGCGAGCCCGGCCCCAUCCGCGCUAUCCACUCCCAGGAGAUUGAAUUUGUGGGGCAUUGGCUUCGCGAGUGGGAGGAGAGAGGGAGGUGGAGGCCCGAGUAG